UCUGCUACUAGGUAGAGUAAAGAGACUGCACUGUGACAUCAACACGAAUAACAUAAAGUCAGAUGUAGAUUAAUCAUAUUUUAUAAUACUCCUCCUACACCUCAUCCUGCACACACUCACAUUCACUCUUCAUUUUCAUCUUCACAGAGCAUUAUCUCUACAACACAAAUCCAACAAUUCUAAUUUCUUUCAUUGCCGCAUCCAUGUCCACUCACAAUCACACUCCAACCCAUCCUUUGCAGAUUGCAAAGCGGUUAGAAAAAUUCAAACCAACAAUUUUCACCCAAAUGAGUAUGCUUGCCAUCAAACAUGGAGCUGUUAACCUUGGUCAGGGUUUUCCCAACUUUGAUGGUCCAGAUUUUGUAAAGGAAGCAGCUAUUCAAGCAAUCAGGGAUGGGAAAAAUCAGUAUGCCAGAGGUUAUGGCAUUCCAGAUCUCAAUAUUGCCAUCGCCGAGAGGUUCAAGAAAGAUUCUGGACUAGUUGUAGACCCUGAAAAGGAAGUUACUGUUACAUCUGGUUGCACAGAAGCAAUUGCUGCAACUGUAUUAGGAUUAAUAAACCCUGGUGAUGAGGUUAUUCUGUUUGCUCCUUUUUAUGAUUCUUAUAUUGCCACUUUAUCCAUGGCUGGCGCGAAUAUAAAGAGCAUAACAUUGCGCCCUCCGGAUUUUGCUGUCCCGAUUGAAGAGUUGAAGUCCGCCAUCUCAAAGAACACUCGCGCAGUUGUUAUAAAUACUCCUCAUAAUCCUACAGGAAAGGUGUUCACUAGAGAGGAGCUUUAUACCAUUGCAUCUCUUUGCAUUGAGAAUGAUGUCUUGGUUUUCACUGAUGAAGUUUAUCAUAAGUUGUCAUUUGAUAUGGAACAUGUUUCGAUUGCUUCUUUGCCUGGAAUGUUUGAGCGGACGGUGACAAUGAACUCGUUGGGGAAGACAUUCUCGUUGACAGGAUGGAAGGUUGGAUGGGCCAUAGCACCGGAACAUUUAACAUGGGGAGUGCGACAGGCGCACACGUUCAUUAACUUCUCAAUUGCAAAUCCUUUGCAGUGUGGUGCUGUAGCAGCUCUUCGAGCGCCAGAUUCUUACUAUGCGGAUCUAAAGAGGGAUUAUAUUGCAAAGAGAAGUAUUUUGGUGGAAGGUUUGAAGAGUGUUGGAUUCAAGGUUUUCCCAUCCAAUGGAACCUUCUUCGUGCUUGUAGAUCAUACCCCUUUUGGAUUUGAAAAUGAUGUUGCAUUUUGUGAAUAUCUAAUUAAGGAGAUUGGGGUGGCGGCGAUUCCUUGCAGUGUGUUUUACUUGAAUCAAGAAGAGGGGAAGAACUUAGUCAGAUUCACUUUCUGCAAGGACGAGGAAACUCUUAAGACCGCUGUUGAGAGGAUGAAGGAGAGGCUUCGAAAAUAAUCUUUAUGCACGACCGGGAUUACUAUGGAAAUGAAGAGUUUAUAUAUUACUAAGAGCUAGUUAGUCAUGUCUUUCAGAUUUGAGUUUGAACUUUUUUCAAGUUACUGGUUAUGUGAAACAGAAAACUUUGGAUAUUAUGAAGCAAGCUCCCACAGUUUCAACCUUACCAAAGUUCCAACCAAAAGUCGAAAGAAUAUCAGAAAGCCAUUCGAUGAAGAGGUACUAGAGGAAAGGAUCAUAUUUGUUACAGAGAGAUAAUUGAUUGUGUGAAUAUUGGACGAUCAUUCCUUUUAGCCUUCAAGGCUUAUAAGUAGGUUUGGUUACAUCUCAACCAGUCAUUGCAAAUGUAAAAAAUAAUCUGCUGAAAGCUUUCCAACUCAUCUUUUUAGAAUAAAAGCAUGUUUAACAUAAAAUUGAAAAAACAGAAAUAUAAAUGUUGAGUGUA